AUGUUUGCCGCUCGCCAGACCUUCAACCUCUUCCAGAAGCGUGCCUUCUCGGCCUCGGCCAGCCAGGCCUCCAAGGUCGCCGUCCUCGGUGCCGCCGGUGGCAUUGGCCAGCCCUUGUCGCUGCUGCUGAAGCUCAACCCCCGUGUUUCGGAGCUCGCGCUCUACGACAUCCGUGGCGGCCCUGGUGUCGCGGCCGACCUGAGCCACAUCAACGCCAACAGCAACGUCAGCGGUUACAACCCUACCCCCGAGGGUCUGCGUGAUGCUCUCAAGGGCUCCGAGAUUGUCCUCAUCCCGGCCGGUGUUCCCCGCAAGCCCGGAAUGACCCGUGACGAUCUCUUCAACACCAACGCCUCCAUCGUCCGGGACCUCGCCAAGGCUGCCGCCGAGGCUUCGCCCGAGGCCAACGUCCUGGUCAUCUCCAACCCGGUCAACUCCACCGUCCCCAUCGUCUCGGAGGUCUACAAGGCCCGCGGUGUCUACAACCCCAAGCGCCUGUUCGGUGUGACCACCCUGGAUGUGGUUCGUGCCUCGCGCUUCAUCUCGCAGACCCAGAAGACCGACCCCUCCAAGGAGGUCGUCCCCGUGGUGGGUGGCCACUCGGGUGUGACCAUCGUGCCCCUGCUGUCGCAAUCGGGCCACCCCUCGAUCGCUGGCGAGGCCCGCGACGCCCUGGUCAACCGCAUCCAGUUCGGUGGUGACGAGGUCGUCAAGGCCAAGGACGGUGCCGGAUCUGCCACCCUCUCCAUGGCCAUGGCUGGUGCUCGCUUCGCCGAGUCGCUGCUGCGCGCCGCCCAGGGCGAGAAGGGUGUGGUUGAGCCCACCUUCAUCGACUCGCCGCUGUACAAGGACCAGGGCGUCGACUUCUUCGCCUCGCGUGUCGAGCUCGGCCCCAACGGUGUCGAGAAGAUCCACGAGGUCGGCAAGGUCAACGAGUAUGAGGAGAAGCUCCUCGAGGCCUGCCUCGGCGACCUGAAGAAGAACAUCCAGAAGGGUGUUGACUUCGUCAAGGCCAACCCUUAG